UGAUGGAGCGCUGACCAGGGGCGCGGCGGCGGAGGCUGCGAGGGCGCGGAGGGCUAAUUGGUUGCCGGCUGCGGCCACGGAGGCUAGAGUGUUUGGAGAACCAGCUGAGGGGGACCCUGAGGCAGGGUCGGGGCGAUCCAGGGCUGCAGCUAUGGAGGACCAGAGGGUCACUGCCCCCAGCCUGCAGUGCCCAGCCCCCCACCCUGGGUGGGAGCCGGGAGCAGGAACCCUCGUCCUCCACUUGCUCUGGGGAUCUCCCUCUCCAAGCCCCACCCUUCACAAGUGAGACCUUCGGACUGCCCAGGUGAACUCCAUCCACUUCCCAGGCUAUCCUGACCCAUGCCUAUCGCACCUCACCCAGGAGAAAUUUGUUUCUCCAUAUAGUCCUUUACCCCAGGCUAGCCCAGUUGGACUCUGGGACUUACCUUGCCCAGGCUACCCUCUCAUUGCAGCUCACCUUCAACUUUCAAGAUGCAGAUAUUGGUCUGGGGUGUUGGUGGUGCACGCCUGUUAUCCCAGCCUCGGGAGGCAGAGGCAAGAGGUUGAUGUGAGUUCCAGGUUAGCCUGGGCUACACAGUGAGACCCUGGGAAGUGGAUCAGUGAGGAAAGUGCUGUGCAAGCAUACGGACCUGAGUUCAAGUCCCCAGUGUUCACGAAGCACUGAGAAAAAUCAUCACCACCCUGGCCGUGAAGAACGAGGAGACGCAGACCUUCAUCUACUCCCUGAAGCAGAUGCUGCUGAACGUAGAGGCAAACUCAGCCAAGGUGCAGGAGGACCUGGAAGCUGAGUUCCAGUCCCUCACAUCAGUGCUGGAAGAGCUGAAGGAAUCCAUGUUGAUGAAGAUCAAGCAGGACAGGGCCAGCCGCACCUAUGAGCUGCAGAACCAGCUAGCCGCCUGCACUCGGGCCCUGGAGAGCUCUGAGGAGCUCCUGGAGACAGCCAACCAGACCUUGCAGGCCGCAGACAGCGAGGAUUUCCCUCAGGCCGCCAAGCAAAUCAAAGAUGGUGUGACCAUGGCCCCUGCCUUCCGACUGUCGCUCAAAGCCAAGGUCAGUGACAAUAUGAGUCACCUCAUGGUGGACUUUGCACAGGAACGGCAAAUGCUGCAGACCCUUAAGUUCCUGCCUGUGCCAAGUGCCCCCAUCAUUGACCUGGCGGAGUCCCUGGUGGCCGAUAACUGCGUGACCCUGGUGUGGCGCCUGCCCGACGAGGACAGCAAGAUUGACCACUACGUGCUGGAGUACCGCAAGACCAAUUUUGAGGGUCCACCCCGCCUCAAGGAGGAUCACCCCUGGAUGGUCGUCGAGGGCCUACGGCACACUGAGCACACCUUGACAGGUCUCAAGUUUGACAUGAAAUACAUGAACUUCCGUGUGAAGGCUUGUAACAAGGCGGUGGCUGGUGAAUUCUCCGAACCGGUGACCUUAGAGACGCCAGCAUUCAUGUUCCGCCUGGACGGGUCCACAUCUCACCAGAACCUGCGAGUAGAGGACCUCUCCGUUGAGUGGGACGCCAUGGGCGGGAAGGUCCAAGAUAUCAAGGCUCGAGAGAAAGAGGGCAAGGGCCGGACAGCAUCCCCUGUCAAUUCCCCAGCCAGAGGAACUCCAUCUCCCAAGAGGAUGUCUUCAGGUCGUGGGGGACGGGACCGCUUCACAGCUGAGUCUUACACGGUGCUGGGGGACACGCUGAUUGACGGUGGGGAACACUACUGGGAGGUGCACUUUGAACCGGACAGCAAGGCCUUUGGCCUGGGUGUAGCCUACCGCAGCCUGGGCCGCUUUGAGCAGCUGGGCAAGACAGCCGCGUCCUGGUGUCUGCAUGCCAACAACUGGCUGCAGGCCAGCUUCACCGCCAAGCAUGCCAACAAGAUCAAAGUGCUGGACAGCCCUGUGCCCGAUUGCCUGGGCGUACACUGCGACUUCCACCAAGGCCUCCUGUCUUUCUACAAUGCCCGAACCAAACAGCUCCUGCACACCUUCAAGGCCAAGUUCACACAGCCCCUGCUUCCAGCUUUCACUGUGUGGUGUGGAAGCUUCCAGGUGACCACAGGCCUGCAGGUCCCCAGUGCUGUGCGCUGCCUACAGAAGCGGGGUAGUGCCACCAGCAGUUCCAACACCAGCCUCACCUAGGCCGGGGCUACCUGCCAGCCGGGGCACUUCAGCCGGCAUCUCCACCUACCUGCUGCUUGGAGCCUUAACUCUGGAAUCGGGGGUCAGAGUCCUCUUACCACCUCAGUUCCUAAUAAAAAUAAAAUACU